GUUGAAGUUUAAAUAAAGACGGGGCUGUCCAAAUCCAAAAACUCUAAAAAUCUUAUAAUAGAAGGAAAGAAAUAUACACUUAUGUGUUAAAAAUUAGGACACAUAUUUAAUUUUCAACUGAUGCGGAUAUAAAUUUUGCAUAUAAUUUUAAUAUACCGGAGGGGUUUUAACGUAAAAUAUCAAUAAAACUGUAUUCGAAUAUUAUGUGAAGUCUGUCUUACAUGACAGCGGAAAUCAAAACAAAAAUGACGGAACGAAAUUACUAAAUAACUAAAAUAAAAUGUGUGUUAAUAUUGAAGUGAUUGUACCAAAGUUAGAACAAUUUCUCUUAGUGUAUUCUUUGCACUGCGGUUCAAUAUUAAUUUUGUUGUGGACGACGCUAAGAUCACUCUUCUGUGUAGUGUUCUUUAGUACGGCAAUUCUAGAAGUAUUGAUAGGGAAGGAGUCCCCAUUCGGCGCGUGGCUUGUGAGAGGUCCAUCUUACAACGCGGAGUUCUUUUAUAUCAUUUAUUACUGCAUGUUGACAUUACUUAUAUGUGAAGUUGUCAUUCUUAUAUUCAUGUUUCAUCUGGGUAUCGGCUUGAUCCGUCAUAAACCGCAUUUGUUGAACCACUACCUAGUCUGUCGUUUUAUCACCUGGAUAAUAGAGAUUGUUGGUCUGUUCAUUGCGUGUCUAUAUCACAAAAUUCUCAUCGGCUGGUAUUUGGGAAUAAUGAUUUUUGUUAUUUUAGAGCUGUAUUCCAUCGUCGUCGUUUACAGCUAUUACGUGGAAUUGAUACAAUGCAGCAAAGACGAAACAGGGUUGGAAAAGCCAACGUGCGAAUAAAAUCAAAUAAAAUUAAAAACUGAUUAUUAUUUAACAAUUCAAUGACGUAAUAAUAAGGUCCUUUCUUUUAAUUUCUUAAUCACACGUAACCUAUAGUCUUUGUGCGUGUGUGUAAAGUUUAGUUAAACUGUAAUGUUAUGACAAAAAAGCGUAUAAUAUAUACGAUCAUGUCAUUGUAAGGAUAUGAUUUCUAAUAAAUUCAUGGAACAUCUUUAACUAGUGCCUCUUGCUAACGGAAAGUCAUCAAUAAUUUCAUUCAAAAACUCUCACACCGAAGUGGGCAAUGUUAUCUCAAGAUCAUUUUUUAGUACACGUA